GAUCGGCCCGGGCUCUUUAAGUGACAGCGCCGUUUCGCUGUCGGCACGUGAGGAGCCGGGCUCUGGGCGCUCUCGCUGUAGUCUCACUAACUCGCUCAGCGCAAAGCGGCUCAAAGCAAUCCCGUAGCGACAACCCGGCGAAGAAGAACAAGACGCGAGAGCAGCAGCCGCCACCAGCCGCCAGCGCAAGAAAGCUUCAAUCGGCAGCAACUUGCUAUAAGCAAACAGCAAGCUUCGGCGAUAACCAAUUAAGCUAAUUGGCUGCACGCAACGAAGAGCAGCCAUGGCUGAUACCGCGGUUGACACCACGACUGAGACGGCAACGAAGGACCUCAAGGACCUCAAGAACAAGAAGGAGGAGGUGGUUGCCGAAGAGGAGGACAGCCAAGAUGCCCCCUCCAAUGGCGCCGAGGACGAGAAUGGAGAGGGAGACUCUGAAGAAAAUCCAGAGGAUGUGGACGAGGAGGAGGAGGCUGACGAAGAGGGGGACGCUGAUGAAGUAGACGACGACGAUGAUGACGAGGAAGACGACGAUGAAGCGCCCUCAAGUAAACGUCCAGCGGAGGAGGAUGAGGACGAGGCGGACAAAAAGAAACAGAAAACUGAAGACAACGGUGAUUCGGUGGAGUCCUAAGGGGGGAAUACUGGGAAAUAAAACUAAAUUGGGAGGGGGAAAAGGAGAGGAGUGGGGGGGGAUUUGGUUCCCUUUUUUGCGCCGUCCAAAACCUGUUCCCCUGCCCCCGCCACUGCUAGGGCUACCGAGUAGUGGGUGCAUUUCUCUUUGUUGGUUUUUUUUAUUGGCAUAGUCUAUAUUUUUAAAAAUAACAAUAACCAGCCCACACUGGAGUUGCUGCAGCCUUUUUGUUUUAAAAAAUAAAGUACACCUUCCACCAUCACCCCCCCCCCUCCUGAUUUUAGAAACGUUUUCAAUGAAAUAAAAACGACACAAAUGCAAAUAACAAAAAGGGUUUUUUUGUAUACCUAUUUAUUUUAUACCACAACCGAGGGCUCUCGAUGUGCACAAAAAAGGGACGUUGGGAGGUGCAGCCAGAGGAGAAGGGGGGGGGGGGAAACGGGGUGGGGGGGAGAUGGAUUUUGUUAGGAAGCGGUGAGAGUGGAUCCGCGAUGCAGCCCCAAUUUACCCGGUAGCCCCUGCAGAGGGGGUGGGGGAGCGGUGCCAUGCCCCUCUUAAAUUUUUUUUGUCCGUCCCUUGCUUUUUUUGGGGGGGGGGGGGGUUAAGGAAAGGAAAAAACUAAACUUGUAUCAUUCCUUUAAUUUUUUAUUUUAUUUCUUUUCUUUAUGUAAAGAAUCACGUAGGCUAAACUUGCGUUGGGUCGUGUUAUUGGAAACACGGGCCAAAGAUGUUUUUAAGUACUGUCGUUGAAAAAAAAUUCAGGCCCAACUCCUGUGUGAAACAACAACAACCAACAACAAAAAGAAUGGUUUUCUUUUGGAUGUAUUUGUAAUGUAGUCUGUUAAUAAAAUUUGACAAAACGCC